GAUGGCGGAAAGCGCCACACUUGCCCCCAUUGCUCCAAGCGCUUCAACCGACCGAGCAGUCUGGGCAUCCAUGUGAACACCCACACCGGAGCAAAACCGUUCGUCUGCCCACACCCUGGAUGCGGCCGCGCAUUCAACGUGAACUCCAACAUGCGCCGUCACCACCGCAACCAUUCGUCA